AAUGGCUCACCAAAUCAACGCAAAACAAUUUCUUGACUCACUCGUUGCGGGUGAUAUGGUAAUAUUUCACAGUCAAACAGUCACUCAUUGGGGAAUUUAUGUAGGAGAAAAGAAAGUGGUUCACCUUACUGGGGAGAUCGGAAAUCUUGUACACGAUUCCAUUGAAACAAAUGACGCUUUGUUUACGAUCGCCGGUAAAAGAUAUAUUAAGGCGGCUGUUAAGGAGGAGGACUUUUUGGUUGUUGCUACAACAUUUGAUACAUACGAGAGAAAUUGCAAAGACAAAUGGUUGACCCCAGAUGAUCCUGAGGAAAUAGUGCAAAUAGCUAAGACAAUGAUAGGAAAGAUCUACUACAAUGACAUGUGGAACACUUGUGAGAAAAUGGCUUCCUACUGCAGAUAUGAGAUAAAGGACUCACUUCUUUUUCAAAGUUUGGAAAUAAAGGGAACCACUGAGGCCUCACUUCAGUUUCAAAGCAUAGGCGUGGGAAAACACACUGACCAUAUACAUCAUGUAUGUCAAGAGGACUCACCUCAUUUUCAAGGCUUGGACAUAAGCAGAACCACUGAGAUGUCUGACGUGAAAAGGUCUAAACCUCAAGACUAUAUUACAACACACAAUAAAGUGGUUUUAAAUGAGCUAAGACCAGGGGAUCUUGUUACAUUUGCACGGCCGUUCUUUUAUCAUUGGGCUGUUUAUAUAGGGGACCAAGAGAUUAUUCAUUUAUGUGGGGAUGAGCCCAUUACAUCAGAUAUUAGAUUGAUACAUUUUUUAGCAAUCUCCGGUGUACCUUUCUCUAAAGGAUGGGUAAGACAGGAGGAUUUCUGGACAGUAGCAUUUGAUAGCAAAGCAGAUAUAAACAAUGAAAAAGAUGACCUGUUUACGCCUAAGCCGGUUGAAGAUAUUAUCAAUACAGCCAAAAGUAUGGUAGGGAAGAUUGGGUACAAUCUUUUUUGGAAUAACUGCGAACACUUUGCUAGCAAAUGUAGAUAUGGGACCAAAAGAAGUGAUCAGAUAAUCGUUGGUGCGUGGGGUAUAUUUUGGUUGGUUGCUUCAAGUGUCUUUGCAUACUUUCUUCAUAGUGUAUACAACAGAAGCUGAACAGGAAGUUACAUGAAUUGAACAGCGGUGCUACGUAUCGCCUGUGGUGAAAAUUGAAACUUAUGUGCCUUUUUGGUCGUGUGCGAGUGCGAUGUGCGCGGAUGCAUGAUUUCAUUAUAAUAUAUGUAUUUUUGCUUUUAUGAUAUUAUUGGUUUAUUCAGAAAUUAAAUUAAUUUCAAAAUUAUCUACUACCUGCUGCAAAUUGUUAAGAAGACAUUUGACACUGCGACCAUAAAACAACUCUGUAACUCUUACUGUUCUCUUUCACUGCGAUAGUUUUGAUCAUAUCCAUUGCUUUAGAACUUAGAUCUUAAACUUGAUACUAAUGCAUUCCUGGUAUGAUUGUUAUUCAUCUUUGCAGGUCAUAAGUGACAUUACAUAUUUAUUGUUUAAACUUUAUAUUUUGUCAUUGAUAUACAUGCAUUAAUAUUCAUUCUAACACGACCCGCAUCUUUCCCUAUUGAACACAGAAGAACCGAAAGUGUGGGUUAUUAUGCUAUAAAAUCACUGUUUGACGUGUGACGUAAUCAUUAUAUAUGUGACGUAAGGCACUAUUAGAUCCGACGCUCUAACAAUAAGUACGGAAACAAGUCAGGCCCAAUUUUGCUUAAUAUCAGGUACGGCAGCAUUUAUUUGUUGAUGUCGUGUUAGAAUCGAAAUAAUAUAUCCAAAUCGGUGACUUUAUCGCUGGAUAACAUCACUGUUUGUCGUUCGGAUGCGCAUCAUUAUAUCACUCGGGCUACGCCCUCGUGAUAUAAUUCCUCGCAUCCGAACUCCAAACAGUGAUGUUAUUGAGCGAUAAAAUCACAGUUUGGGAUAUAUUAUAUCUUAAUUAUAUUAUGACGAAAAAAAAGUAAUACAAAAUUCAAAUUAUUUGAAAGUCAAGGUUUCAAUGGCUGUUCAAGAAAUAAUGGAAUAUAAUACUUUUUAUAAGAUUUUAUCAUCCUGGACGGCAGGUUUGGUAAGCUUUUUAAUAUUGACUCUGUAAAAUUAUGUAAACUAUUUUUGUUACAUAUUUUUCCUUACAAGUUGUACUUGUGAUCUUUAAAUUAUUUGGAUUAAAACAUAUUAAAC